UGAUAUCUUAAAUUUAUUGAAAUGAAAAAUUAAAACAAGUCUUUGUUUAGUGAUGCGAGGAGUCAAAAAUAAUAGGCAUGAAGAGGUAGUUGACCUUAUUUUCACACUGGUGAUGAAGUAGAUCAUCAUCUUAUAUAUAAGCAUUGUUUUCUUUCCUUCUUUUUUGUGUUAUUUUUAAUCUUUCCUUAGAGAGAGAGAGAGAGAGAGAGAGAGAGGGAGAUGGGUACCCUACAUAGGAGCGCCAUAGCAGUGGAUGAAGGAGGAGAGAAGGAUUAUAAUAGAGGUCCUGAUCUUCCACCACAAUCCCAGCACAAGGACCUUGAUGCUGGUGCUCUUUUUGUUCUUAAAUCCAAAGGGUCAUGGAUACAUUGUGGUUACCACUUAACAACUUCAAUUGUAGCACCAGCAUUGUUGAGUUUGCCAGUUGCAUUUGCGUCUCUUGGAUGGGCUGGCGGAGUACUGUGUCUGGUAAUCGGAGCAUUGGUGACAUUCUACUCCUACAAUUUGCUAUCUUUGGUUCUCGAACACCAUGCUCAAUUGGGUCACCGCCACCUUCGUUUUCGCGACAUGGCUAAUGACAUCUUAGGGCCAAGAUGGGGUCGAUAUUAUGUGGGCCCAAUUCAGUUCAUGGUCUGCUAUGGUGCAGUUGUUGGUUGUACUCUUCUAGGUGGACAGUGCAUGAAGGCAAUCUACUUGCUAUCAAACCCAAAUGGGUCUAUGAAACUCUAUGAAUUUGUAGUUAUAUUUGGAAGCUUCAUGUUGAUUUUAGCUCAAAUACCAUCUUUUCAUUCAUUGAGGCACAUCAACCUUGUUUCCUUGGUACUCUGCCUUGCCUACAGCAUUUGUGCCACAGCUGGUUCCAUUUAUAUAGGAAAAUCAUCCAAUGCGCCAAAAAAAGAUUACUCUCUGAUUGGUAACACUGAAACUCGUGUUUUCGGUAUCUUCAAUGCCAUUGCCAUCAUCGCCACAACAUUUGGGAAUGGAAUCAUUCCUGAAAUCCAGGCAACACUAGCACCACCAGUAAAGGGGAAAAUGUUCAAAGGACUAUGCGUUUGUUAUGCAGUAGUGACAGCGACUUUCUUCAGUGUAGCAAUUUCUGGGUAUUGGGCAUUUGGCAACCAUGCUGCUAGUCAAAUCCUCACCAACUUCUUGGGAGAUGGGAAAGCUUUGGUGCCCAAAUGGUUCAUUUUGAUGACCAAUAUCUUCACUAUACUCCAACUAUCAGCUGUUGCUGUGGUUUAUUUGCAGCCCAACAACGAAGUGCUGGAGCGAACUUUUGCAGACCCAAAGAGCAGUGAGUUCUCUGCCCGGAAUGUCAUCCCAAGGUUGAUCUCUCGAUCACUGUCUGUCGUCAUCGCGACAACCAUUGCUGCAAUGCUUCCCUUCUUCGGUGACAUCAAUGCAGUGCUCGGAGCUUUUGGGUUUUUGCCACUGGACUUUGUUCUGCCUGUAGUUUUCUACAACUUGACAUUCAAGCCAUCGAAGCGAGGCCCGGUUUUCUGGAUACAUGUCACUAUUGCUGCAGUUUUCUCGACAAUUGGUGUCAUAGCAGCAGUUGCAGCAGUUAGGCAAAUAAGUCUGGAUGCCAAAAAUUAUAGGUUGUUUGCAAAUGUCUAGCUAGAGGAAUUUGUAAAAUUUUAUUUUCAUUCUCUAUAUUACACUGAGAAGUGUGUGUAUAUAUAGGCACUCUACUCCUUCAUGAGGAGGCUUCACAGGACAGUUCUCUUCAACAUUUACCCCAAUUCAUAUAUGGGUCAAUUAAACUUUGUAGUAUCUAUGCAUUUUUAUUAUAAUCUCA